AGAAAUCCUACUUCUAUCUGUGCAUGCGUAGACAAACUUUGGAACAAGUAGGGUUCUUACACCUCCGUUUUGCCGUCUCCUUUAUAACGCACCACCCUCUUCAAUAGCCAGAAUGGAACUUUAAAUAUUCCAGCUUAAGUUUAACAGCUUUUCACUACAAGAGGAAAUAUCACAGUGGUACAGUCUGCUCUCAAUUUGCCAUGAUUAAGUUAAUAGUUCUGCUUUUUAUACUGUUCCAUACGUGGGUUGAUUUAAGCACCGGACAGCGCCAUUUACGCGCGCGCGCUGGACCAUGGCGGCACAAAGUGCAAUGGGAGAGUAACGGCCAUGUCCACAGUUUAUCGAGCACCGGAUCACAAUUUCACCCACCUGUACAGUCAAGGAGAGGUGGUCAAUUCUAUUUAACUACACUUAGAGCUCUGGGAUUUCCAAGGAGGUCCCCCGCUUCCAGGGCAUCGGUUACAGAAUCGGGGUCCAGGCGACCUCAUCCCAGUGUGGUGGACUCUUCUUUGCCACACUCUUCACGGGAAUCAGAGGCUGUUUUAAGUUCGGAUGCUACAGUUAGAGUUCCCUACACGAUGACAAACAGCCUCAUCUCCAGUGACAGGAAUCAGAGGUAUUUGGCUUCUUUCCGCAGAGAUGCUGGGAUUGUAAAUCCAACCAACCCUAGCACGAAUGAUGCACUAUAUGGCACAAGUGUGCAAACUUUACCGCAGGAGUAUUCUGGGAACGGUGGGUCGCGGGGACAUCGAAGUCACGGCGAAGAGGAAUCUGUGUCAGCAGCACCGCAUGUCCAAAUAUCACCACAGGAUAACGCUGAAAUAACAGCGGACGAACACUUAGACAUUGAGACACAGUUGAACGAAACACAAGUUGGUCGAAACACGUCACUAAACGGACCUGAGACUGAAGGCAACACUGAAGAGGUCAGACAGUAUUUACCUCCAGGAGGAAGAGGUACAGAGGUGCCUCAAGAGGUUCCUCAAGAAGUGCCUCAAGAAGUAUUUCCUCCUGCUGCUUCUUAUAACACAACAGAGGAAGAUGCCCAGCUGAGAAAUCCAGAAAAUAUGACCAAUGAUGGUUCCCGCAACAAGAAUCACAGAAAUUCAAUUUUUCACAAUAUGUAUCCCUCAAGUGGGAGAUUGAGACCACCAGGCCAUCCUCCACCUGCCUCUGGUUAUGGCACCAGGUACUUCCAUAAUGGUCUUCCAGACCUCAUACCUGACCCUUAUUACAUUCAAGCAGCAUCUUAUAUCCAGCGUGUGCAGAUGUAUGCACUGAGAUGUGCAGCUGAGGAGAACUGUCUCUCUCGGUCUGCCUAUAGUCAGAGCAUCAGAGACCUCGACUACAGAGUGCUACUUCGAUUCCCCCAGAGAGUCAAGAAUCAAGGAACUGCUGACUUCUUGCCUGUGAAACCAAGACACCAGUGGGAGUGGCAUAGUUGCCAUCAGCACUACCACAGCAUGGAGGCAUUCAGUAAUUACGACCUGUUGGAAAUCUCCACUGAGAGAAAGGUAGCUGAGGGACACAAGGCUAGUUUCUGUCUGGAGGACACUAACUGUGAUCCCGGUGUAAGGCGACGCUACGCUUGCACGGCUCACACACAGGGAUUGGGCCCUGGUUGCUAUGAUUUGUACAAUGCCAACAUUGAUUGCCAGUGGAUUGACAUCACUGAUGUGCCUCCAGGAAAUUACAUUCUGAAGGUCACAGUGAACCCCACAUUCCAGGUGGAGGAGUCUGAUUUCUCCAACAAUGUUGUCAGGUGUGAUGUUAGAUACACAGGCCCUUAUGUGCAAGUGCGCAACUGCAGAAUAACUGGAAACUAACUGCUUCAGUCGAGGAAGAGGAUUCAGUAGAAGAAAUUCUAAGGAUUUCUAUUUAUUUGAGUAAAGUAAAAGAUAACAGUAUUACGUUUUAUUUGUGUAAUGUUGAUGCAAUGUUGUGCAGUUCAGUCAGUAGUGACCGUUAAUAUGAUAUUAUAUAAUCUGAAACAUGGCUAAGCCCUUAACUAUGAUGCAUAACAAGUAUGGCCAAAAUUGUGUGAUAAAUAUUGUGCCUGUAUCAAUCUCAAUAUUAAACAAUAAUUUAAAGUAUUUUGGUAAUCUUUUCUAUCAGCUAUAUGCUACUAUACAUUCCACAAAUAAUGCUUUAGUGUCAGAAUUUUAAGAAUAGCUUGAUACGUGUUCCUAUAUACGAGCUGCAUAAUUUGAAUAUUGCACGCAACAUAUUUGUGAAAGCUUGAAUUGCUGUAAAUUUGCACUUUUCCAUGAAGUGUAAGCUCUUUGUAUCUUUGAUUAAAGUUUUCAUAUAAAGAUAAGCAUCA